UUUAUUUUGAAAGUAAUACACCCGGAAGUAGUUUACGGCUGGGACCAAAACAUUGCUUUGCUGUGAUACUUUUGUGCAAAUCUUGAUUUAACAAGCACGCUUUUAUUUUUUGGAUUGCGUAUAAUAGCUAUCAGGUAAAGUUGCGUUUUGGUGCGGGCCCCGGCUGGAUGUUGAGCGUCCGCGCUCUGGUGGGGAUCGGGCUCCUGGUGACGUCAAGAGCCGCCGCCACCGCCCAGAGAGCCGCAUGUCCUGCUGCUGCUGCACCCAACAAGGAACACAGGCACUGUUUCAACAGCGGACGAGCGUCCAGUAUGGCGCAAUCUAUCAAGUACCUGGGGCAGGAGGAGGCGCAGAACAUCGACCAGCAGCUGUUCACUGAGUACGGUUUCAGCGUGGACCAGCUGAUGGAGCUGGCUGGUCUGAGCUGUGCCACGGCCAUCGCCAGGGCCUACCCCCUCAGCUCCCUGCUCCAGGCCAGACCCUCCCUGCUGGUGAUCUGCGGUCCGGGGAACAACGGAGGCGACGGGCUGGUCUGCGCCCGUCAUCUCAAGCUCUUUGGCUACGAGCCCACCAUCCUGUACCCCAAGAGGCCCAACAAGCCCCUCUUCCUGGGCCUCACCACCCAGUGUGAGAAGAUGGACAUCCCCUUCCUGUCUGAGAUGCCCGAGGCCAAGCUCGUCGACCAGGCCUACAACCUGGUGGUCGACGCCAUCUUCGGCUUCAGCUUCUCGGGGGCGGUCCGGGAGCCCUUCGGAGCCAUCCUGGAGGUCCUGAAAGACUCCACCGUGCCCGUGGCCAGCAUCGACAUCCCCUCAGGCUGGGACGUGGAGCGGGGCGCGCCAGACGGCCUGCAGCCCGACAUGCUCAUCUCCCUGACCGCGCCAAAGAAGUCGGCCGCCCACUUCAGGGGUCGAUACCACUACCUCGGGGGCCGCUUCGUCCCCCCGGCCCUGGAGAAGAAGCACCAGCUCAACCUGCCCCCAUACCCCGGCACCGAGUGCGUGCUGCAGCUGUAAGACCAGGACCGGGGACAUGAGAAUAUAGUUUAAAUGAUGAGUCAGUGGGGCUACUUUAUUUAUUAUGAUGGGGGAUUAUGGAGGGAACUGGUUUCAUGGUGUGAUAAGAUGUGCUUUUUUUAAAUCCCUGACGAGGAAUAUUAUUAGUCUGUUGCGGAAGCGCAGACGAUAUAUGUGAGGAUUUAGGGGUAAUAAAAUAAAGGACGUUUUUUUUUGCUGAAUGUGAUCCCUAGUGUGUUGACGUCAAAGCUGGUCUCUAAAUCUGCACUAAUGCCUUUUCAUGUGACCGGUGCUGCUGGCAAUGGGGGGGUCGAAGGGGCUAGCCGUCGCGCAGCUAAUGCUAGCCCUCGAGCUCUUGCUGUCUGCGACUGGGAAGGGGAUCUUAUUUCACAGCCGUUUGGCAGAAGUUUGACCUACUGUAACCCCCGUGAGUCAGAUAAACUAACCCAUUUUGACUGGCAUCUCUUUAUAUCUCUGGGGAGUUUCUGUUUAGUAUUCCAAAGAUAAUUCUGAAAGAAUCAAUAAUUUUGGAGAUUAAUUAAAAAUAAAUAAAUGAUACAAAAUGGAACAAAGAAUGCCUAUGACAUUGUUAUC